UAUACAUUCUCGCUAUAUUACGGUAUUUCGCUUCGGGCCGCACGUUCUUUUAAUCAUUCGUCAGCGUUCUAGCGCGAUUCUAUACAGUAGAUUUUCUCACAGGAAGUAUUGAAACAGCGACAUUCACCUGUUUUCGGGUUAAUAUCAACAGGUUACCGGUAAACGGACGGUCGUACAAACGAAACUUUUGUAUUCGCACAGUUUCUAAAGCUCGCGCUCCAUUCCGUUACUUCAGGAUAUGCAUGUGUGCGGCUUUCACCAUAUGGAAAGCCCUACAAAUCAUAAUUAACUUCAGUGACUGUUCUCGGGAAAGUUUGUUUGUUCAGUGAGGAAAGCUCUUUUUGUGGGGAUUCACGGUUGAUUAUCAAUUAUUAUUAGGACGCAAUGGAGACCUGUUUUGAUGUGGAUAAGUCGUUUUACGACAUUGACUCAGCUGAUGACCUGAAGCAAUUCUGGGAAUCUGAACUAGAUCCGGAAAUGCGCGACGUCUUGAAGUUGCACACUGGCGAUGGGGGCGACGUUGAGUGGACAUUCAUGGAAGCCAAAGACAUCCCUGGUAUCAUUUUAAACGACAAAUUAAUGACUGAUGCUGCCCUUGGAACGCGACCAAUCAAAGUGGAACACAGCUACAGCCUAAGUUCAGAUAGUGAUUCUGUGCCGGACUCACCAAAGUCAGUUCAAAAAAUUGAUGUGCUUAUAGACAUGGAAGACGAAUGUUAUCCAGCCAUAUCAAUGAACCCCUCCUGUGAUAGACUAACAGAUGACACCAUGGAGAUUAAGGAGGAAGAGGCGGAAAUCAAAGAAGAAUACAGCGAAACAGAUAGUAUACACAGUUCCUGUCCGUCAUCGCCGCACUCGCAAAUCAUACAAGGAAAUGAAAUACAUUUUGAUGUUGAUAUGGUAGGAACAAAUUCGCAACUAUCUGAAGCCAUCCUCCAACAGUCUGGACAGAAUAUACUCAUAACGACCCCAAAUAAAGUUCUACCUCAAAGAAUGCAAAUUCCACAAUUGAGCCUUAAGUUGGCACCUAAUGGUAAUGCGUUCCAUCUACCACCAACACCACCGUCGUGCAGCAGCAGCGACGAUUCAGAAGAUAAUGGAAUUUCGCAACCAUCUUCACCAGCAGCAAGAAAAUUAACGAGGCCGCUUUUACCAUACCAUUCAAGGCAGCCCAUUUACACCCCUUUAAUAAGUACUCAACCGGGAUCUACCGGUGUGUUAGUCCUUACUGCUGAAGAGAAACGAACGUUAAUAGCGGAAGGAUAUCCAGUUCCAACGCGUCUGCCCCUUACUAAACCUGAGGAGAAGUCGCUGAAGAAGAUUAGGAGGAAGAUUAAAAAUAAGAUAUCCGCGCAAGAAAGUAGAAGAAAAAAGAAGGAAUACAUGGAUCAGCUUGAAAGAAAAGUAGAUAUUUUAAUGAGCGAAAAUAACGACUUCAAGAGAACCAUCGAAAACCUACAUGAGUCUAACAGUGACUUGAUGGCGCAGCUUCAAAAGUUACAAGCGAUCGUUAAGAGGAUACAACCGCACCAGCAAGGCUUGGCAAAAUAAACGUUUGAGAAGGUCUUUGUAAGUCAAAAGUACAAAACUAAGUUUUCGCGUUAGAACCUUAUAUUAAACACAUAGCCUAAGGUUGAAACGAAUAUUUCUAUUUAAUAUUUGCCAAUGUAAUAAUUAAAUAUAGUCUUCCUCUAAAGUACGUCUUGGUAAUGAUAUUAUAUAAAACUAAGAUUUUUCAAACAUUCCAAUAUUAAACGAACCAAAGGAGAAUGCAUUUUUAAAUCGCAAUUUUAUUUUAGUACUGCAAUUGUAAUCCAGCGUGUCGACACUAUAAAGUCAACUUCAUUAUAAAUACUCAAAAUGUUUCAGAUCGAAUUAUAUGCAGGAAUGUUUGUAACCAUUUUAAUUCAGUAAGUAUAUGUGAAAAAAAACAUCGAUGGCCUUUUAUCGUAUAUUUCUACUACUAGGAAUUACACAGGGUGAUUCAAAAUUGCCGUGAUUCCUUUUAAGGGGUGAUAGAGGAGAGUAAGAGGAAAAUUGUUUUUUCGCAAAUUUCUAAAACAAACAGUUGAAAAUCGAAUUUCAACUGUGUUAUUAAGUAUUAUUUUGGUCCUAUGUUUGACAGGUAGCUGAUUGAAAUACUUAAGCAUUUAAAAAAAAAUUACCAUAUUUACUUCGAAUUACGAGAAAUUUUCAUAUUCAAAAAGUACUAUUCUACAAUUUUUUGAUAAAAGGUCAAAGCGGCAAUGACCUUUUUUGUCAUCAACAGGCAUUUACAGGUAGAUAGCCUUUGUCAAUAAUAACAAUAAUUUGUCGAACUGUGACUUACUUUGAAGCUCCUUUCACGAAUUUGCGGAUAUGCGAUCAGUUCUGGGGAAAUGCCACAGUAACAUAGCAGAAGCUGUAAAACCUCACGCCAACAAACGGCUAGAGACACUGGAGAUUGGCUCCAGGAAGAUACUGGACGACAAUAGAUGUUUGGGUUUCAGACAGAGAUGCAUUGGCGAUAAUAGCAGCUGAGCCUUCCAGGAGUCUUGCAUUAUGCUCUGCGUUACUGCACAACAACUAACACCACACGUAUGCAUGGUAUGCACCAAAUACCGAGAAAGGGCUACAUUCCUGCAUAGGCACACUAAAUCUCUCGUUUAGUCAACAUCGGUACAAAUUGAGCAAGAGUUAAUUAUCCGAAUAUGAGAGAUUGCUCAAAUGUGAGCUCAGACUGCCGCCAAAAGUGUUCAAUGGAGCACAAACAUGUUUGGAAUUAAACGGGCUGAACUUCAAACAGUUCAUGUGAUUUAACAACUUAAUGGUAUUUUAUUUGUUGUUGUUGUAUGUGGUGUUGACAUCUAUGCACAUAACAUCCCCCUAUAAUAUGUUCUGUGCAUCGAUGGCCGAUUCAGGUACAUCACUCUUUUAAAGCAAAAAUGUUGCCCGCACUGACAAGGUUAUACUAACGUCGAAAUUUUCAAUCCCACUUUUCCUUUUGUUGUUUGUGUGUGUUUCAAUGAUUACUACAGUUUGAGAUCAUUCAGAAGUAACAGGUAUUUACGUAAUGUUAAUGAGGCAGAUUACGUUGAACUAGAUUUUUGUCAUCCUUCUUAUCUAAUUUUUCGCAAAUAUCUCAGUUAUUAAUAACAAUAAUUUUUCUUUGCCAUUUUUCUUGUACUCCAAAACACACCCAGAAGAAAGGCGCCAAUUUUGAAUCACCCUGUAUACGAAUCCUAUCGCUGAUUGUAUUUUUCUAAAUGUUAAUUAUUUAUGAAUGCAAACAGACGUACAUUAGGUUCGUUGAAUUAAAUAAUUAAGUCCAAUGGUGUUACUCUAUAUUUGUACUUAAAACUUAGAUUUAGCUGGUAGGUGUGCCUUAUUACAAAUUUUGCCCAUUUAUCAUACUAGGAUAACAAAGAAUGUAUUUUUACACUUUUUAUAUGUGACUAAAUCAAAAAGUAGUUUUCAUUCUUAAUAAAAGGUUAAGUUAUGUUAA